ACACACACACACACACACACACACACACACACACACACACACAGAGAGUUCUGGUUAGUGUGUGUGUAAGUAGGUCGUGAUGGCGGUCAGUGUUUAAUGGACUGUGUGUUUCUGACCCUGUUCAAGCUCUAUAAACACAAAGAGUCUCUAGUUCUGCUUCUCUAUUUCCGUUCUUCAUUCAACCGUGUUUCACUAAUUGGAGUCGGUCAGUUUCAUCCCAGUCAGACUCAAAGAACCUGCUCAGAAUAACACACACCAUCAUCAUCAUCAUCAUCAUCAUCAGUGUGUGUUUCCUGCACUGUAACACACGGGUUGAUGCAUUAUAUUGAAGAGUUAUGAUACAUAAUCAUAAUACUGAUAUAAUUCUGUUCUGUGGAGAGGAAUAAAACACACGUGAUAUAAGAGAAGAUUAUAUGAGUGUGUGUGUGUGUGUGUGUGUGUGUGUGUCAGAUGGAGCAGGUGAGAGCAGAACUGCUGCAGGAACGAGCCGCUCGACAUGACCUGGAAUGUGACCGAAUCCGUCUGGAGCGUCAGAAUAAGGAUCUGCGGAGCCGUGUGUCGCAGCUGGAGGGAUCUCAGCGCUCCGGGACGGACGCCGCCAUCUCCAAACUCCAGCUCCAGGUUCACGAGCUGGAGGAGAGGCUGCUGGGAGAGGAGAAGGAGAACGGAGAGCUGCAGCAGCUGAACCGCCGGCUGGAGCGCCGCAUGAAGGAGCUGACGCUGCACCUGGAGGAGGAGCGGCUGUCGCUGCAGGACCAGAGAGAUCAGCUGGCACUGCGUCUGAAAACACUGAAGCGUCAGCUGGACGAGGCCGAGGAGGAGAUGGAGAGGCUGGAGAACAGCAAGAAAAAGCUGCAGAGAGACCUGGAGGAGCAGCAGGAGCUGAACGAGCAGCUGCACACCGAGAUCUGCGGCCUCAGGCGCAGGUUAACCCAGUAAUCACGCUGUUGUGCAUGAAAGUAUUGGAGGAUUUCAUACCUGCACGUCCGGCUGUUCAACCUCUCGCUGGUUCCAUUGUGAUGUAUAGACGCCUCGACAUACACAUUUGGGUCCAUAAUCUGCCCCUGACUGAUAUUCACCUGCUCCCCGCCAGUAUGUGCCCAGUUCAACUGUAUAUUGUUAUUGCUGCACAAAUCAUUCAGAUCGGGCCAAUCCGAACGUACUCCGAAUCCCGUGGCUCUAGUAUCCAGCUUUCCACUAGGUUUCUUCCGGAAACCGAGGAAGCUUGGUUCUCCGUCUGCAGCAUAGGGGACCUUGCGUUUGCUCAGAUCCAGCAACAGUGAACGCCGGGCAACUUCACGAACUGUAGGGUCAUCGUUAUUCAACAUAUGCAGUAGAUGCUUUACUCUAGUCGCUGUAUAAACACACACACACACACACACACACACACACACACACACACACA